CGCCGCGUUCACGUCGGGCUCAAUCGUCCGCUCGUUCGUUCGCCCGUCGCUGCUCGUUGGCUUGAGCGAGCAGACGCUGUCAUCGAAAGCGUGUCCGUGUCAUUCCGUUGUCACGAGUGUGUGGAAAUCGGUGCUCAGUUGACACGGUUCCGAGGACGACUGGUAAGGGUCAGUCGCCACUCGCAACUUUAUUCGAGUGUCCGAGUGGUCCGACGGCAAUCAGCUCGACGAAAUCGACGUCGUCGUCGUCAAUAACAACAACGACGACGAGCGCGCAGCCGUGAAGGGAACGCGUCUGCAUUUGACAGCGUUGAGCGAAGUCCAGGAAAAAAGUUUCGAGCCCCCUCAAGAGAUCGAACGUGGUGACCUCCGCGGCUCGACACGAUGAAGCUCAAAAAGCUCAUCCGUAAUCUCAUGUCAAGACUCAACCCCAGGAAAUGUCAAGCCGAUGCAGUUCCGCUCGAUAUGGACCAAACGGAGGCGAGGAAUGGGAAGCGAAGAUUCUUCAAACAUAAUCUGCGGAAAUUCAUAUCUAAGCGACAGAAAUUGCCGCGUUACCGGAAAUUCGACGUCGGGCCCUUGAGUGCAGAUGGGGAAACCGUUCGAUCCGCCAAAAUCCCAUCGAGCAAUUGUGUCAAGGAGUCCAAUGCCAGCGCUCUCAAAGAAGAGAAGAAUUCACAGAAGAAAACGAAGAAACACAAGCGUCUCCGCUACCUGAGACGGAAAGCGAGAAAAGCCGUCGAGUAUCUAGCCCUAGGAAUCGCAGCUUCCGGCGCUGGAUACGGAAUGCCCGCCGGAUUCGACCCGUCAGCUUUCAAGAGCGAAUGCACGGUGUAUCCCGAGGUGUACACGCUCGAACAACUGCGUUGGAUGUCGAACUACAAAAAAAACCUGUAUAGUGUCGGCCACCUGGCCGUCUGAAUCUUCUGCUGUACAUAUU